AAGCGCGGCGGGGCGGGCGAGGGGGCAUGGCCCGCGCCGCCGCUGGGCUGCAGCGCUCCCCGCGGCCCCCUUCCGGCCGCGGAGCUCACGGCUCCGGCGCAGACAGCUCACAGCUCGCCUCGGCCUCGCGGCUCAGCGGCAUCCACUUCUGGGCUCUCCUCCCGAAGCCCGUCCGAGAAACGGAACGCAGUCCCUUCGGGGGCUCCGGCUGGGGAGCGGCAGGGAGGGCAGUGCGCGCCGUGAGAGGACCGCAGGGCUUCUCGGUGCCGACCGCUUCUCCCGCGAAAGGCAGUGGUGGCGGCGGGCGAAGAGCCGCGUCCCGGACGCUCGAGCCUCCGCUGCCCGCGACGGGUCUCGAACCGACGUCUUACGCAGGGCCCAGGAGCGCACGCCCGCUAGGCCGAGACCGCUGCUCUCCGGGGGUGUGGGUGGGCCCCUUCUACCCGCUCUUUCAGGGGGGCGGCGAGGAAGCGAGGUUGGGGGGCUCUCGGGGGAAGAGGCGGGGCGUAGUCCGGCCCCGUGCAGGUCCAGGCACUGUCCGGAUCCUCACUCUGCCAAAGUGGGGCGCCGCGUCCCGGGCGCUCGGGUCCUGGCAGGGCAGCCUCCCGGGCCAGCGCUCGCUCCCAGUCCUCCGACCCUCCUGUUCCUCGGCGGAGGUGCCUGCUAAUGCAAAGGUUGGAAAUUGCUUUCCAGGCGCGUUUACAGCGGCUGCGGCUGCUCCUCGUCCGGGGCAGGGAGCUCUGUCGGCGAUCGCUCUGCAAACCACCGCUCGCCUUACAGAGCGAUCCCCCUCCAGCUCCGCACAAUUUCAGCAACUGGCCUCCACCUCCACCUCCACUCCAGGACCCGCCCCCCGUGAUAUCAUGUGUCAAUCACACGGGCUGCCCGAAAACCUGGAACAGGAUUUCCCCGGCCGUCGUUUCCUCCUUCGUUGCGUGCGCACCAGCUCGGAAACGCAGCCGUGCAGACCCGUGCCGUCAGCAGCCUCUGACCGGACGCCGCCGCUGGAAGCGCUGCGAGCGCCGCGCGUCGUGGAAGGAACCCUGCGGACGUGGUCCUCGACCCGUGUUCGCGUGCUGAAGGUGUGCUUGAAAUCCCCCCUCCCGCCCCCAGGAGCCCGGGGCACCGCUAAGGGCAUCGGCAACCAGAAAUCGUCACUAGAAAACAACACAGACCAAGAAUGA